CAGCUUUUGCAAAGAGAAACCUUAGGGACUAUGGAGCUCUCCCUCCCUCCCUAAUUCUGAGAAAGAAGUCGUUGCUAAGAGAAGUAAAGCCCAUGAGAGAUAGCCACUACUAACUCAUGAACGCCGUCUGCUUUCCUUCUGAAACUUGAAAAAUGAGACCUAAAAUGAAAUAUUCAACUUCCAAAGUUUCCUCAGCUAAGCUGAACAAUGCAACAGGCAAAACCCUGGUCAAAAUUCACAAGCUACCAAAAUACCAACAGAAGACCAGAGAAAUUUGCCACAUCUACCAAAUGAAGCUCCGUUCUGGCCUCAUCAUAGGAAAGACCUGUUACUUUGAGAAAGAAUCCACCAAAAAAUAUUGGCAAAAAUCAAGUAGAAGGCCUGGAAGGGACUUCUCUGUUGAUGUGCAGAACAGCCCGCCUGGUUCAGUCCGUACAAGAGCUAAGAGUUCUAAAGAAGGUGCCAGACGACUUGACAUAGAGAGUACCAAAGGGAUUUCACCUGUUACAGAAUCUCAUGCCUCCCUAAGCACAUUCAAUGACCAAUCUGUUAGUUUCAAAGUUCUGAAGGACGGACGCUAUGUGAUCAAUGUUGAAGAUUCUGGAAAGCUCCAAGAAAACGACAAGAUGUUGCUACGUUACUAUGAGUCUUCACAGUUCUCAAAUGAUUCAGGUGAUGGUGUGGAUGGUAAGUUGCUGAUGGUGGACAUGAGUCCUGUGAAAGACACAGACAUCAGGCUGCAUGCCAACAAGCAGAACCACUGUGUGAAGCUCGAAAAGUGUCAAGCUCCACUGCCACCAGCGGUCUUUUUCGUCGUUCACCAAAAGGCCUCCGACUAUGUUUCAUUCGAAUGUAGGAAUCUGCCUGGGACAUACAUAGGAGUGAAAGAUAACCAGCUGGCUCUGCUAGAAGGAGAGAAAAAUGACGAUGAAAAUAUUAUGUUUAAGCUUUCUAAAUAAGAAGCUUGUGGGUCCUGGGUUGAACGACUUAAAGUCACCACCAAAGAAAGGAUGAGAGGAAGCAAUAGACACCUAAGGGAAUGGCUUAAGAUGCUCUGGAGUGUUGUCUUUUUAUAUAUAAAAAUUCUUUUCUUUUUCUCUGUACCACUACGCAUUCAAUAAGAACAUGCAUAUAUAGCACAGGGCAUUGGUAAAGAAACUGAGAGACAUUUAGCCUUGGCUUCUACGUUUGUCGGCUCCGAGAUCUGAACGAAUUUACACUUCCAGAUUUCUUCAGGUGAGCAAGCACCAUAGCUCAUGCUAGGCUUUAGACAAGGGUUCAUUUUAAAAGCCUUAAAAAGAAUACGUGGUUUCUCCCCGGUUCUAAACAGAAGGUUGAAAUCCUAGAGUAGCUAGCGGAAGACCACCCGCUGCACAGACUGACCACAUCUCAACUAGAACAGAACACCAGCUGCCCCCACCUCCCCCCGGGGCAACCCUCAGACCAGCUCUUUCUGUCAAGAAGCCUAGUGCUCCAGAUGCCUUCCUACCUGGACAGGUUAAGAUAAAUCUGUGAAAAAGCAGGAUAGCUGAAAAAAAAAAUAAAGAAAAAGAAAGCCAGUAUUUGUAAAGUGGAAAAAUGUUACCUCUACUUCUUUCCUUGGGGCAGGGGGUUGGGGACAGGGUUUCUCUGUGUAGCCCUGGCUAUCCUGGAACUUGCUUUGUACAUCAGGCUGGCCUCGAACUCACAGAGAUCCACCUGCUUCUGCCUCCCAAGUGCUGGGAUUAAAGGUGUGUGCCACCACCACCCAGCUCUUUGUUUCCUUUUGAAAAUUCUGAUAUCUUUUUAAGGUAACAGUUUAAGUUUAAGCAAGCCAAGCUUAUGUUUAAAAAAGGAACACAUUUUAGUUCACAACUGUGGUUGAAAUCAUUGGCUGUCUUUACUAAACUUAAACUCUUCUGUGAGUACUGAACAGGCCGUGUAUUAGGGUAUCCACGUAGGAAGGGACCUCACAGAGCAGUCAGAAGUCCUCCUACUAGGAAGACACCGAACUAACUUCACAUUCUCUGUAGCUUAUGUUUGCAGCACACCGUGUCUUUCAAUAGCUGGCUAUGGCCUAUGUUCGCAGCACACUGUGUCUUUCAAUAACUGGCUAUGGACUAUGGUUUGUGGCACGCUGUGUCCUUCUCGCCUGUUUCCAAAAAGCUAUCACUAUGAAUGUGCGCAUCAACUUGGAGGGAAUUUCUCUAUGGCUCGCUUUUCUUACACACAAAUUCUUUCGUUGCUUGGAUUCACAGUAGCACUGUUCACUGGGGGAUAUGUUAGCUGAACUCUCUCCCUUUCUCUGGUUCUUUUGACCAACGUAUCUUUAACAUAUCUCCUACUCCCUAAACUUCAUUUUUGUUUUCUCUGACGCCUAUGCACUAACACUUUGAUUCCGCUGUUCUACUUUACACUCUAGAAUUUUAUAUAUGCUGACUAGUUACAAAGUUGUUCACUAAACGUUUUUGUGUGAUUUACUGUUACUGAAGUAGUGGGAUUUAUAUUCAACCAUACAGUAAUGUUUGAAGAUACUAAAGGAAUAGCUGGAUCAUUUAGACAAUAGCAAUUUCUACUACAUUUAUUGGCUUCAAAUUUACAGUAAAUGCAAAAGAUAAUAACAGAAAGCAUACUCUAAAAGCACAAGCUUUUAAUUUCAACUGAUGAAAGCUAUUAUAUAUAAUACCUGGUUGGAUGUAUGAAAAAAAGAGGCUGGGGAUUGCUGUAUACGAUCAUACAAUUAUAGCAUGAUAUAACUGUUUCACUAAUUUUCUUUUACUGUUUUAGUAUAGAGACAAAAGUGAAACCAGAAUCUAUGUCACCUCCCUGGAAACCUCGAUGUUAUCUAUAUGAAUUUGUACCAUGUACUUAAAAUAAUAAUUAAGUAGUCAAAUAGGUCCAUGACAUUGUUUAUAACCUUGAAUAAACUAUUUAUCA